CCACCCCUGCUGCUCUGCACCUUUUUUUUAAUCCCCGUGUUCCCCUCUCAUUCUUUUUCCUCCCCUCUCUCUGUUUUGCGAGUUUAGCUGGAACACGGGCCAAACAAUCCAGCGAUAAGAGCGUCAUCGAGGAAACGGAGCUGUUACGAGAGAUACGAAUCUUCGAAAAGAACGAUAUUUUACGAUUGAAAAGGACGAUACGAUUGAUAAGAUUGCUAUCUAAUGAGUGGUUAGCUAGUUGGAGCUUGAUCGAUAUCGUGGCGCACCUUGCAGCUGAAUCAUAACAAACCCGAUACGAGACCGAGAUCUAUCAGCCACGAUGUUGAAAAAGAAGGAAACCCUCACCAUCAUCACGCCCAUCCCAGGCUUCAUCCCCCGACAACUUGCCAUCGAUCUUCUUCACUCCCACGGCGAAAUCAUCACCGUCAAUCCUCUCGUCCUGUCGCAUAAACCCAUCCCCGCUCCUCGCCAUGCCGCCGCCGACGAGUACUACAGCACCUGGUACGAGAUCACAGAGCGCAUCCAGUAUAUCCCCGGUCUAGGAAAGAUAGGAUCUGGAAAGCUCACUUUUAAUGGAUGUUUCCAUGAUAUGCCGUGGGGUAUGCAGUCCCAUAUUUAUAUCCCCCUUGGUAUCGACAUGCGAAACAAGUACCGCAUUAUGGGAAACCAACCCGGUCUCGAGCCACCGGAGCAACCUGAGCUUGGACUCGAACAACUUGGUGCGCCGAAGGAGGGCCUUUAUCUUCGCACUGAUGUUGAGCUCAAGUGUAACAUCACCUUGAUGGGAUUUGUCAAGGCGGAGUCGAGAAAGGCUAGUGUCGAUAUGGUUAACCGUAUGGUUAAGAAGGCGGAGUUGCUCGAUGCUGGCCUUUUGAAGGCUAUGUUUGAGGAUGGAAAGCUAAAGACGUAUAAUCCUAAUGAUCGAUCGGACGCUAGUCAGGCGAGACAGCAGGCUUUGAGACAGCAGACGACGCCGGAGGGCCAGUUCGCUACUGCUGCUCCUGGUCCUGGACCCAUGAGCCCAGGUCCUUCUUAUGCUCAACCCUACGCAUAUGCUCAACAGCAACAACAGCCUCAUCUUCAACAACCUUCUUCACCAACAUACGCCUACGCCCGUCCCGACGCCACCAACUCUCAAUACCCUCAAAGCCCAUACGCUUAUCAUCCAGGCCAAACACCCCCACCCAACGCCCAAUACCAACAACAAGCACCGCCCGUCCCACCAAAAACCAACAUCCAAAGCUUCCCCAUGGAACUCCCCGGCGACUACUACCACCCACAGCAAUCGCCAAAUCUCCAACAACAACCUAGUCCAGGACAUCCACCCAGCAGCUAUCGCAAUUCCACAGGGUCGUAUGACCCGCGAUGGUCGCAGUCUAGUCAGUCGGCUGCUGAUUCUCAUCGCGCGAGUAUGUAUUCGCAGCAUUCGGCGGGAUAUUCGUCGCCGGCGCCUGCGCAACAGACGUUUGCGGCGGAGUUACCUUCACAUAAUGAGACGUCGGAGGAGCAUAGGCAUUGAAAAAUGGGGUUUGUUUAAAAGUAGCCAGUCAUUUUUGAUGGUUGGGGGAUGAUACACGGGAUUGGCGUUUGCUUGGGAUGGAUUUGGAUGCAGAUACCUUUUGUUAGUGAGAGAGUCAAUAGUGAGUGUCAGUCGAUAAUUUGGAGAGAAUCUAAAGCAGACUCUCUGAGUCUCUUGAUGUAGAGUGUGAUGAGAAUACCCUUUUUGGAUAAUAAUGAACAAUUUGCGAUGGAAGCAUACUGGCCUGCGUGAAGUUGACAGGUGGUGAGUCCCAAUGCCGCAAUGCAAAUGGCGCUUCUGGGUGAUGCGAUGAAGUAAAGUGA